AUGAUCAAAUAUAUAUUUGUUAGUCUAGUACUAUCGUUGGUAUUGGUCAAUGCCAUCAAAGUCCAAUUGUCAACUGGCACUCAGGGAUUCAACAGACAUCCAUCACCCUUCAUUCCAGGUCUCAACAAUGCUGGUGGAGGAUAUACCUGUGUAACAUGUACACUUAUAUUAUCAGUCGUUGAGCAAUACUCAUUGAUUCAUGAGAAGUCAGUUGAUGCUGCAAUGGAUGAUAUCUGUGGAUUCCUUCCAGGUGAAAUGUCAAAGUUGUGCACAUACAUGGUGUCCAUCUAUGGCAAUGAGAUUGUCCAGUAUUUCGCUGAAGUACAACAUGCUGAUGAUGUUUGCCAUAAGCUAAACAAUGUGACUGCUGAUGUUCAACCAUCACCAUUGGUCAGUGGCCUUCACAAAGGCAAGGUACACCCACAUCCAUCCAAGGUGAACGAGAGUCCAUUGGACUGGUUCAAAGACCUCAUCAACAGGUUCAGCAAAGAUCACUCACCCCUCGAGGAUGUCGAUGGUGACAAGUUCUCUGAUGAGAUUACAUUCAGAGGAUACAACUGGAGAGGUAGGGAUUGUGAUGAUUUGAACAAUCAGGUGUACCCUGGUUCGAAGUAUAACAACCCUAAUGCAGGUCCAUACACUGAUUGGAAUUGUAAUGGAAUCAAGGGAUUGAAUAGCACUUCAAACAUUGGAUAUGAGGAUGAGUUGUGUGGCAACUCAGGUCCAAUGGGUGUGAUUGUCGUUGGUGACAGCGCCGGCGCUCACUUCUCCAUCCCCCCACAAUGGUUGACGGCAAGCGAGAUCAACUCCACCACCUACAAUGGCAUGAUCGAGAUCAUUGCCAACGAGAUGGACUGGCCUCAGAGAUCGACCUACACCGGCUGGAACCCAUCGACAAACGAGGUGCCAGUGGACAGCAUCUACCUUAGGAUGCGUGAGAGAAACCUUUGCAAUCAUCGUGACUACCAGAACACUGCGGUCAAUGGUGCUGACUCCCAUGAUGUCGCCUUUGGUCUGGCUCAGACCAUUGCCAGGAACCAGGAGACUGAUGCCCCCGUGCUUCUAUUCCUCGAGUUGAUUGGAAAUGACGUGUGUUCCUCGCAUCAUGACUUUGACCACAUGACCACUGUCGACGAGUUCACCACCAACACAUUGACCACCCUCCAGUAUCUGGACACUGUGCUCCCCAGUGGCUCACAUGUUGUCUUUGUUGGAUUGGCUGAUGGUCGCGUGCUCUGGAACUCACUGUGGAACAGGACUCACCCUAUUGGUGCCACAUACGAGCAGGUGUACGACUUCCUCAACUGUCUGGAUACCAGUCCAUGCUGGGGUUGGAUGAACCCCAACGAGACUGUUCGCGACUUUACCAGUGAGCGUGCUGCCAACCUCUCAUUGGUCUACAAUCAGAUCAUUGCCAGCCACACCUACCAACACUUUGACAUGCAGUACUAUGACUUCCCCUUUGAUGCGAUCAACGCCGAGUGGAUUGCACAGGGCGGCCAGACCUGGCAGCUGAUCGAGCCCGUCGACGGUUUCCACCCCAACCAGAUCGCCAACUACCUCAUCGCCGGCUACUUCUGGGACCAGCUCACACAAGACCAUCCCGAGUGGUUGGGCUCAAUCAAUCCCAACAACCAACUCAUCCAACAGAUGUUUGGUGAUCAAGGAGGAUACAACUAA